AUGUCUGUCGCGACGGUGAGCGUCGUCACCGACCCGAACGGAACCAGCUCAGACGAGUACUUGGUUACGUACACCGAUGCCUCCAACAACAAGUCGGUCACGCAGCGCUCCUUCAACGAGUUUAUUCAUCUCGGCAAGCUACUCAACAAAGAGGUCUCCUCUGACAAGCUCGAACUCCCCGUCAGAGGCGCAAAGGCCAUUUUUCAGAAGCUCAACAAGAAAUUUUACGUUCACAGGCUGGACACUUUGGAUCGAAUGAUGAAACAGGUCGUCGGAAACAGACAUUUCAUGCAGCACGAAAGCGUUCCUAAGUUUCUCUAUGGCCCAAAAGGACUCAACGGGAGACUUCCUUCUUCUAAGAGCGAGUAUUCCAUCUCCAGCGAGCACAUCGGCGACAUCAGUCUCGGAGUUACAGAAUCACGUCAUCUAACGCCAACGGAUUUCACAUACAUAAUGCAGAUCGGAAAAGGUUCUUUCGGUCGCGUUUAUUUGGCGACGAUGAACGGGCAAUCAAACAAGUACUACGCUAUCAAGACGCUUGAGAAAAAGAAGAUCCUUCAGAAGAAUGAAACCGACCAUAUCAACUGCGAACGACGCGUGCUCAUCGACAACCUAAAGCACCCCUUCCUCGUCUCCCUGAAAUACUCCUUCCAGACUGUGGACAAGCUCUAUUUUGUCCUGGAUUACGUUAACGGCGGAGAGCUCUUUUUCCACCUCCAACGCGACAGGACCUUUCCAGAAUCGAGAGCCAAGUUUUACUCCGCCGAAAUAGGCUCCGCGAUCGGCUACAUGCACGAGAGACAGCUGAUCUACCGCGACCUCAAGCCAGAGAACAUCCUUCUUAACUCGGACGGACACGUGAAACUCACUGACUUUGGCCUCUGUAAAGACAACAUGAAAGCGGGCACAACAACGGAUACCUUCUGCGGCACGCCGGAGUAUCUGGCUCCAGAAGUACUAAAGAAGCAACCGUACACCAGGUCUAUCGACUGGUGGUGCCUUGGAGCAGUCACUUACGAGAUGGUAUAUGGCCUGCCUCCAUUCUACUCACGUGUCGUUGAUGAAAUGUACAGAGGAAUACUUUACAAACCUCUCAAGUUGCCAACCUCUGUCUCGUCAGAAAUGCGCGACUUCCUGCAGCACGUCCUACAGAAAAAUCCAAAAGAGCGUCUCGGUCACGGAGAGUCGGACUGGGAAGAAAUCAAAUGCCACAAGUUCUUCCGAGACGUAGCUUGGGAUAAGCUACUGGCCAAGAAAAUUCCCCCUCCCUUCAUCCCUAAUUUGAACGGACCGACCGAUGGAAAAUACAUCGAGGCGUCCUUCCGAAACUCGCCAAUCCCCAAUUCCGUCAAUCAAGCCGCUGUUGGAACUCUCGGUCCAGACAAUCCAUUUGACGGUUUUACAUUUGAAAACCAGUUCUCACCACUGUCAUAUUCGCUGCGAGAAUCUCGCCAAGCAAACUUCGAAAACAACGAAAACUUCAGCGAGGCUUUCUGA